CACUCUGUCUUGGGUUCUAGUUUUCUAUUUAUCUUUUCCCUGUUAGUUUUCCGGCCGGUUACUCCGGCGAGUUGUCUAGAGCUUAGGUGAAGGAAGGAUGGCGUUGUUGCCAGAUCUAGGAACGGAGAUCGUGAUUCCGGUGUGCGCUGUCAUCGGAAUCAUCUUCUCUUUAAUCCAAUGGGUACUCGUCUCGCGCGUGAAGCUCUCACCGGAGCGAAAAGAGGCGAAUAAUAACAGUAAGAAUGGAUUCAAUGAUUGCCUGAUUGAAGAAGAGGAAGGCAUCAAUGAACAAAACGUCGUCCUUGAGUGCGCCAACAUUCAGAGCGCCAUCGCCGAGGGUGCAACAUCAUUUUUAUUCACUGAGUAUCAAUAUGUUGGUGUUUUCAUGGUUGCUUUUGCAAUUCUCAUCUUCCUCUUCCUGGGCUCUGUUGAGGGCUUCAGCACAAAGAGCCAGCCAUGCACAUUUAACAAGGAGAAAUUCUGCAAGCCAGCUCUUGCAACUGCUGCCUUUAGCACUGUAUCCUUCUUACUUGGUGCUUUCACCUCAGUUAUUUCUGGUUUCCUUGGCAUGAAAAUUGCUACAUUUGCCAAUGCAAGGACAACUUUGGAAGCUAGGAAAGGUGUUGGAAAAGCUUUUAUCACUGCAUUCAGGUCUGGUGCAGUUAUGGGUUUUCUGCUUGCUGCAAAUGGCCUUCUGGUGCUCUAUAUUGCAAUCAGUCUCUUCAAGCUGUAUUAUGGGGAUGAUUGGGAAGGCCUUUUUGAGUCAAUCACUGGCUAUGGUCUUGGUGGAUCAUCAAUGGCUCUCUUUGGCAGAGUUGGUGGAGGAAUAUACACCAAAGCUGCUGAUGUCGGUGCUGACCUUGUUGGAAAGGUUGAAAGGAACAUUCCUGAAGAUGACCCCCGGAAUCCUGCUGUGAUUGCUGACAAUGUUGGAGACAAUGUCGGGGAUAUUGCUGGAAUGGGGUCUGAUCUUUUUGGUUCAUAUGCAGAAUCAUCAUGCGCUGCCCUUGUUGUGGCUUCAAUCUCCUCAUUUGGAAUCGAUCAUGACUUCACUGCCAUGUUGUAUCCCUUGCUGAUUAGUUCCAUGGGGAUUCUUGUCUGCUUGAUCACAACUCUUUUUGCUACCGACUUCUUUGAGAUCAAAGCUGUGAAGGAAAUUGAACCAGCAUUGAAGAGGCAGCUUAUUAUCUCCACUGCUAUUAUGACUAUUGGAAUUGCAAUAGUUACCUGGACUUGUGUGCCCCCAACAUUUACAAUCUUCAAUUUUGGUGCUCAGAAGGUUGUGAAAAACUGGCAGCUUUUCCUGUGUGUUGCUGUUGGUCUCUGGGCUGGGCUUAUCAUUGGUUUUGUCACGGAGUACUAUACCAGCAAUGCAUACAGUCCUGUGCAAGAUGUUGCUGAUUCCUGCAGGACCGGUGCUGCAACUAAUGUUAUUUUUGGCCUUGCCUUGGGAUACAAAUCUGUCAUCAUCCCUAUUUUUGCUAUAGCAAUCAGCAUUUUUGUUAGUUUCUCGUUUGCUGCCAUGUAUGGUAUUGCAGUUGCUGCUCUGGGAAUGUUGAGCACAAUUGCUACUGGGUUGGCAAUUGAUGCUUAUGGUCCCAUCAGCGAUAAUGCUGGAGGCAUAGCGGAGAUGGCUGGAAUGAGCCACAGAAUAAGAGAAAGAACUGAUGCCCUUGAUGCUGCUGGGAACACCACCGCUGCAAUUGGAAAGGGGUUUGCUAUUGGAUCUGCUGCUCUUGUUUCGUUGGCACUCUUUGGUGCCUUUGUCAGUCGAGCUGGAGUUUCAACAGUUGAUGUUCUGACUCCCAAGGUCUUCAUUGGUUUAAUUGUUGGCGCCAUGCUCCCAUACUGGUUUUCUGCUAUGACAAUGAAGAGUGUUGGUAGUGCUGCACUAAAGAUGGUUGAGGAAGUUCGCAGGCAGUUUAAUACUAUUCCUGGUCUCAUGGAGGGCCGUGCAAAACCGGACUAUGCAACUUGUGUCAAGAUCUCUACUGAUGCAUCUAUCAAGGAGAUGAUUCCACCUGGCGCUCUUGUCAUGCUUACACCCCUCAUUGUCGGUACCUUCUUUGGUGUGGAGACUCUCUCUGGUGUUCUUGCUGGAUCUCUUGUUUCUGGUGUCCAGAUUGCAAUUUCUGCAUCUAACACCGGUGGUGCAUGGGACAAUGCCAAGAAGUAUAUUGAGGCUGGCGCUUCUGAGCAUGCGAGAACCCUUGGACCCAAGGGAUCUGAACCACACAAAGCAGCUGUUAUUGGGGAUACCAUCGGGGAUCCUCUGAAGGACACUUCAGGGCCUUCACUUAACAUUCUUAUCAAGCUCAUGGCUGUUGAGUCCCUUGUUUUUGCUCCCUUUUUUGCCACUCAUGGCGGCCUUCUGUUUAAGAUAUGAUGGGAGUGAUGACCAUAUAUCAACUGGGGACAAAGAUGCUAUCCUACUUUUCAAGGCAGCUGUCUAUUUUAGUCUCCAUCUUACACCACCCUUCGCUUCGUGAAUUUCUCACCACAAUCAAUGAGUUUCCAAGUUAGUUUAUAGCUAGUUGAACAUUAUUUUUGACGAGUCGAUGGUGAUGAUGAUGAUAAUUGUGAUCACUGCAGAGUUGAGAACAGAUGUAGUAUGACAGUUUGUAACAGUUUGUAACAGUUAGAUUCCUAGCUUCUGCUGUAACGUCAUUAUUCUUGGCUGAUGAAAGCAAUAGCAUGGUCGAACUGGGAUGUGGCUUAUACUUGACUGUUUGCUUAGAGUUCAGAACGGAGUCUGUUGCUUGUCUUGUUUUGUAGUAUUACUUUUUAUCCUCGAAAGAAAAACAAGAUUUUCUGUCAUUGAAUGCAUGGCGUUUUGGCAUCC